AUGAAUACACAAAAGGUUGUUCCAUGCAUGAGCGAAUCAUCCGAUGAUGAAGUAGAAACAAACGAUAAUGAUUUACAAUCAAAUAAGAAAACAAAAAAAAGACAAAAAAAAUAUUGGUUUAAACAAGCUGAAUUUAGCAAUGCUGAUGAAGCUCAAGCAUCAGUUGAACUUACAUGGUCAAAACAUUAUACAAAUCGAAGUGAUACUGGAAGAAAAGUGUAUUACCGGUGCAAAAAAUCAAAACUCCGUGGUCCCCAAUGUCGUGCAAGUAUAUAUUUAUUAUACUAUGCAGAUAGUGACAAAGUGUCCAUGUACAAAACGGAAGAUGUUCACGAUCACGAUGAACAAGAAAUUCGUGGUAUCAAUGAAAGUGUCAAAAGAUCUAUUCAAGAAUUAUUUAAUGAUGGUAUUACGAAGCCAAAGCAAAUUAUUCGAGCAUUACAAGCACGAAAUGUAACAAUACCAUCGCUUAUAAAGAUAAAAAAUUAUCUUGCUCAAUAUAAAAAGAAAAAAUUUGGAUCUUAUAUUAUUAGUUUAGGAGAAUUAGAAGAAUGGUGCAAAAUGAAUCUUGAUGUUCCAGUUGAUGAAAAUAAAUCUUUUGUUGUUUCUUAUCAAAUAAUAUAUGAAGGUGAAGAUAAUGAAGGUGAUGACGACGAUGAAGACAUUACUGAAAAUAAAUUUCGUAUAUUUAUCUCAUCAUUACGACUGUUAACCAUCGCUUCCAUGUCAUCACAUAUCAAUGCCGAUGCAACGUACAAAUUGAUCUGGCAGGGUUAUCCAGUAUUAAUAAUUGGUACAACUGAUUUAAACAAGGUAUUUCAUCCCUUUGGUUUAGCAAUAUGUUCCAAUGAAAAAACGAAAGAUUUUGAAUUUAUCUUCAAAAGUGUACAAGUUGGUAUGCAAAAGAUGAAGAAAGAAUCACUUAAACCGACAGCACUAGUGGCUGAUGCCGCUGAUGCAAUAAAAAAUGGUUUCAAAAACGUAUUUAAUAACGAAUAUAACCAGAUAAUGUGCUGGUCACAUAUGAAAACAAAAGUUGAAAAUCGUACAAUCGAAGAUUUUUUAAAUUAUUUUGAUAACGAAUGGAUUCAAUCGAAUAGUGGUUGGUAUGAAGGAAUCCAGUUUCAUACGCCAUCUACAAACAAUGCCUUAGAGGCAACCAAUCGAGUAAUUAAAGAUGAUGGUACAUUCAGAGAACGUCACGUCUUAUCAAGAUUUUUGACAAUUAGUUCAACUAUAGUUCAUAAUUGGUCUGUUGAGCGUGAUUUAUCGUCAACAAACGCUAAGGUGUUUGCUAAAGAACCAACAAUAUGUUUACGAUUAUGGACUUCUUCAUACCAAUGGGCCAAAACCACUAAAGCAAUUAUCUGUGUUCAAAGCGGUGAUUCAAAACAAUAUUAUAUACCGGCACGUCAUUUAGAAUCUAUUUCUCAAGCUGAUUUAAAAAGAUACACGAAACAAAAAUGGACAAGCUUCAAAUUCUUCGAAAAAUCAUAUGAUAUUUGGUGUUUGGAAAUGAUAGAUGGUUUAAGUUGGAAAACAUCCAAAUGCAAUUGUCCAGCUUUUCUAAAAAAUUACAUAUGCAAGCAUAUGGUCGGGAUGGCUAUUCGUUUGAAAAUUUGCAAACCACCUGCAGCAGCAAAAACAAUCCCAAUCAACAGCAAAAGGAAACGAGGACGACCAGCAAAAGCCAAACCUGCAUUACUGGUACAAUAA